AAUAAUAAUAAUAAUAAUAAUAAUAAUAAUAAUAAUAACAAAUUUAUUUAUUAAAUUAUCAAAUUAUUUGAACAAUAUAUAGAUAUUUUAUCGAUUCGUAGGGAAUAUUUACGUAGGAAAUCUACGUAGGGAAUACAUUUGAAUUGUGAAAGUCACAAAACUACAAAACAUUUCAUUGAUUUUUAGGAACUUUUCUAAAGUAUCGAUUGUUAUUCGUAUUCAUUAAUAAUAUUAUUGGACAGAUUGUAAUAUAUUUAUUGGCGAUACAAAUAAAUAUGUAUAUGAAAAUAAAGUUAAAUAAAAACUUUUUUUAUCUCUUUUGCAUAUUGAAAUUAUCGACAUACACAGUAUCUAUGUAUGUACAUUCUGUAUAUCUAUAGUAAAAUGCUACAAGUUUAAGAGUUCAAAGGACACUAGAUAAUUUUACGUAUUAAAGAUUAUAUAUUAUAUAAGAUUAAGAUAAAACGGAAGAAAAUAUUUAUUUAAAUAAAACGCGUGUCAUUUAUAUCGUUAAAAACGAUUAGAAUCUAAAUAUUAUUGAGAAAAAAAUAUAUAAUAUUAAUUAAAGAUAGUUAAGAAACUCGUUCACUUUGCCAAUCGCAAGGUGAAAAUAAUUUGAUUAAUAAAAAUUCGUUUGCUAUUUCGUAAAACAGGAAUAUUUUGAUUGACUGAAAAUUCGUCUUAUAUCUAAAGGAAAAAAAGAAAAAGAAAAAAGAAGAAGAGAGAAAGAAAAAAAGAAAUUAAAAAGAAUCGUAAGAUAAAAAUCGAUAGAUUAUUGCCUCCGUCGAAAUGAAAUGCACGCAUAUAAGUGGCGUCUAUUCGCAUUCGUCUUUCAUCUAAGUGUCAAGAUAUAUCGAGACUUAUCAUCGUUGAUUUUGAAAAUCGAUGUAUUACAUCGUAAUGCGUUAAAACGCGAGCGAGCAUGCGUCCGUGCGUGCGUGAGUAAGUGAGUGAGGAGUAAGUGCGUGAGUACCGUGCGUACGUAACUUUCUUUAAAGUAAAAUUCACGUGAAGUGAGGCAAGCCCUCGCUUAUAUGUAUAUCCUUCGGUACAAUGAAAACGACGAUCGCGAAUCUUCGAUCUGCCGAUCAUGAACUUCCUCAUUUCGUGAUAUAAACAAAUAUUUAAAAGGACGAGCACGUGGACGAGCAUCGAAUAGAAUUUUAAUCGUUUCUCAGAGAUAUCUCAAGUUCUUCUUCUGGUUCCUUCGGUCACGGCGAAAGAAUCGUGACAAUGAUCGAAAUUUAUUUGACGAAAAUAAAUUUCUAUUCUCGAGAAAAAAAAAAAAAAAAAAAAACAACGUUCAAAAACAUUCAUAUACACACAAACACACAAAUGCAUAUAUUGAAAAAUGUGUGUAUAUGUGUGCGUGUGUAAGUGCGAGUAUUGUGUUUUUUUAGUUAUCAAUAAUAACAGAUAUUAACCGGGACAAGCAAAAUAUACACAUGAUAAAUGUAUUACACACAACCAAUGAAUAAUAUACAUAUCAUUAAAAGAGUCGUCGAUCAGUGAUACUUUUAAGUUUUGCAUUGCAUACAAAGAGACAUGCGCGCGUAUAUCCAGAACGUUUGUUAUAUCUACUGUUCAAGGUCUCCUCGCGCAUUUAUUAGCUUUUCAACGAAAAUUUCAACACAUUCUUACGUGUGCCAUACAAUAAAUUACUUCCUGUGUUAUACCUUUUUUUUUUUUUUUAAUCACAGCGAAAGAUGACAAUGUAAUAACUACAAUUAUUCGAUCUUGAACAAUAAAUAAAAGAGAAUAAACGAAUCGACGAAAAAUAUUUAAUAACGAUCGUACCGUAUAAACGAAUCCUUUAACCUCAUUUAAUUCUACGACCAUAUAUUACGACGCUAUAUUUAUUUACUCUCGUCUUAUUUACAUGCAACUGAAUAUGUAAAGUUUUAUGGUAGAAAACAAUGAGAAAAAAAAAAAAAAAACGUCGAUCGGAUUAUUUAUGAUACUUCUGGAUGUAAAUCGAUGUAACUAUUCCUUCGUAAACAAACUUGCGGAUAUUUGAAAUAUUGCGCGUUAUCAAUAGAUUCUCUUAUCGCAUGUUUUUCCUUUCAAUUGUUUCAAUAAAUUAAAUUUUAAAAAGAAGAAAAAAAAUAUAUAUAUAUAUGUAUUUAUAUAUAUGAUUUAAUUAAAAUAUGAUAUAAAGAAGAAAAGAAUCUAACAAGAUGACAUCUUUAUGUACGUUCUUUUGUAAAUUUAACGAAACUAUUUAUCUCUCUUGACUUUAUUCUAAAAUUGUAUGACGUUUUACAAAACUGCGCAUGUAUGUGGCUAUAUUCUAUUCUAUGUUUAUAUUCUAUUCUUUUUUUCAUAGCUCUCGAGAAAUAAUUUUUAAAAUGUAAUUAGAGACAUUUUCAUUGUAGGGCACAAUCAGAAUUCUGAUGCUCAACGGAUAUGAGAAAAAAGAUGACUGAGACAAAAAUCGAUUGUUAUGAAGAAGGUAGAAGAGAGUAGUAGAGUUCGAUGAUUCGAUCGAUUCCAUUUUUUUCGUAACGACUCGAAAUAUUUUCAUCAACUUCUCGAUCCAAUUUUAACGAUUUUCUUAAAUAAACGAAUAAGAUCAAAAUCUCGAAUCAUAUUUUUCAAUGAUACGAUUUCGAUAUAUACUUUUUGUUGAUCCACCGUAAAACGAGUGAAUGAACAAGAGAAGAUGCCUGGCCACCGUCAGCCUAAUUCCCUAGAAGGACUUAGUUUGGGACAAGUGUGCCAACAACUCGACGGGACGUGCCGCCGGCUGCAAGUGCUUUCUCAAGAAUCAUCGGCAGCACAGGUGCUCGCUUUCGCAAAACAGACUAUCAGACCAUAUUAUAUCAAUGCCUUACCCGCACGUCUGCGCUCUCAAGUUAUUGAAGAAACCUCGAGAAUGCUGUACGGUCCUUCAUCGGAUGGUUCAACUCUCAUUUCUGGUCCUGCUCCACUGUAUUUACUAGCACUGCUUCUUGGUCAUGAUAUAAAGCAGUUAAGGGUGAUUCUUUGUUGUUACUACGGAUGUAGCCAUCAAACGUCGCUCCUAAAGUUAUUAGCUUCUGAAGGAAUUGGACUAGAAUCUCUAGAACUGGCUCGUUCUGCUUUACUGAGAUUAGAUUGCAAGUUGUUAAGAUCUGCUCUAUUGAACAUGAAAAAUUUGUUAAGUUUGACUCUUCGCAAUAUAGCUAGUGAUGCUGUACUUCAAGUCAUUGGGAAAGCAUGCCCCAAGUUAGUAGUUCUAGAUGUAGCAUGUUCGAGACAAGUGACAGAUGCAGGCUUAAAACAAUUAUUGCUGCAAGUGGAACUCAGAGAUAAAGCACCACAUACGACUACACAAGAGCCUACCAGUUGGUCCAAAUUGAAAACCUUGCUAUCAUCUAGAUUAAAGAUGAGAGGUUCUAAAUCCGAAAAGAAAGAGAAGCAAGGUGUUUUAUUGGAGUAUUAUGAAAGUCGAAAUUUUAUUUGUGAUACGCUUAGAGUUCUUAAUGUUGCAAGUACUAGUAUUACAAGUGCAGGUGUACUUUUGGCCUUAGUAUAUGUACCACAACUCGAAUCUUUGGCAGAAUACAGUCACAUGGGAAGGGUGGUAGAAAUUAUGAACAGAGGGCUUAUCGGAUUGAAAACUCCAUUUUCUUUAACGCAAGCAAGAAGCUGCAGAACAACACCAGCUCGUUUAGAACUUCUUGCUCAAGCAUGCCCACGAGUGGAAAAGUUACAUAUUUCUGAACCUCAUCAUCCUCCUGAAGCACUGCGAUUGUUUCCCUAUGUUACUUCUUUAACUGUACAUGGUAUUCCAGCACAAAGAGAAUGGCUAGAUGGUUUUUAUGAUUAUUUACGCACAAAUGGCCAAAAUUUGAAAGAACUAAAUCUUCGAAUAAUACAAAAUGAAAAUCUAAUACAAAUAGAUUUGAAAGAGAUCUUCAGUAAUUGCCCUAAUCUCAGAAUAUUGACCAAGGAUGGUUUCAGUAUAAUAUGGACAGAAGGAUCAGAUCCACCGCCUCUCAAAUAUUUGAGAAAACUUCAAUUGGGACACACGAUAAAUGCCUUAGCUAUAACGAAAAUUCUCUCCUUGGCACCAGAAUUGACUGCGCUUCAUAUUCACAGUUGUUUUGAUCUCACAAAUGAACACUUAGAAAAAUUAUUAAGUAUUCCCACAAGACCGAGAAGUGGUAGAAAAUCUGACAAAAACGAAAAUAGUUUAGUGCAAAAUUUAACAUGUUUUUAUAUAUAUGAAGCCAGCAAAGUGUCUGCAACUACUGUGUUAAAUAUGUUUCAAAACUGCAAACGUUUACGAAGAAUCGGUAAUUUGGCAAAUUGGGGAUUGGAUUGUGAAGGUGUAACGAUGUUACGAACGACGUUAGCACGCGCAAAUUUAGACGUGGAUUUGUGUCCUGGUUCUCAUUGGUUUUGGAGCAAUUGUAUUCAGUAGCACAUAUCAAAGCUGAUAAUUUUAUCAUUGAGACCUUUUCAGCACCUUUAAAACCAUGACAUUAUUAGCUGUUUUAUAGAAAUCUAUAUAUUUCCAUUUUUUAAAGACUCCUCAUUUAUCAGUAUUAAAAAUUAAAUUUAGUUACUAAGGUGAACUAAUAAUUUUUGAAAAACCAAAAGGAAAAUAAAAUGGAAUUGCCAUUUUGAAAUAAUAAAAUUUAAUAUAAAAUUAUAUUUUGAAAAUUAAAAUGCUACAAAUGAAUAUGCAUUGUUCAAAUGUUAUAUAUUAUAUCGUGCAAUAAUAUUAAUUCAAAUAUUCAAUCAAAGUAUAAUAUAAAUAGCAUAAGACUUAAUAGUAUAUUGCAAAGUUCAAACAACACUGUCCUUAUUCAGUCUUGUUAUUCGAAUAUAAUAAGAAUAUAACGGCAGGAAUUAAAUCUAAUGUAGACAUUAGUAUAUAUUACCGAUAACUGGGAUACUUUCUUGAGUAUAAAUCAAAUGACAAGAUGAUUUAAAUCAUUGGAUAUAUAAAUCAAAUUAUAUUUAUUCAAAUUAUAAGGGAAAUAAAACACUAUACUUCUUAUCUUGUUUCAAGUAAACAGCAAUAAGAAAGAAAAAUUGUAUUUCUUGUAUAUAUAUUCCUGUCAAAUUAUAAUAAUUGAAGAAUA